AUGUCGAAGAAAUACGAAGAAGGUCCUCCACCUCCAGCAUAUGGCUCGGAUGGUCCCAGUCAAAAUUCUGCACCCAAUCCCCCUCAAGCAGCAUAUAUGCACCCUUCUCCCUCGCCUCAACCUCAAUAUCAACAGCAGCCAUAUCAACAACCAUACCCGCAAGGUCAAUACCCUCAACAAGGAUACCCACCACAAGGGGGAUACUAUGCGCCAGGUCCGCAGAUGGGAUAUCAGCAACAACCUCCAUACGGAUACCAACAACAACCUUAUGGAUAUCAACAGGGAUAUGGUCAACAGCAGAGAAGUUCCUCCAGUGAAGGCUUCUUGGGAGCUUGCUUAGGAGCUAUGGCUUGUUGUUGUUGUUUGGAUUUAUUGCUUUAG